CGCGGAGUCUCCUGGGUGGAGUAGUUUGAGGAAAUUCACGCGACGCCGGAAGUGGUUACGAGGCGCGAGUGCGAGGAGUUGGGUCAGCGUCUCCUUCCCGGCGGGAGUUGCGUCUGUUAAUCCGGCGGACUGCAGUCUUCAGGUGAGGAGACGCCGAGGCUGGCGUCGCUGAGUACUCCGGAGGCUUGGGGGCCUCGUCCUUCCUGAGGGGUGACGGAAUGCUCACGGGGCGAUUUCGGCAAAGGGCGCGCCGUCUUGGGCGGCAGACGCCCAACUGACUGAGCCACCCAGGCGCCCCCAGCCUGAUCCUCCUACUUCGGGACAUUUUGGGGGUUCAUCCAGCAUGGCCAGGGAGUCAACCCUUGGAGGAAGGGAGACUUUGCCCCAGCUCCCUUGUCCCCCCUGCAGCCCUGCCAGUGGGGAACAUGGAGGGGAAAGAGAGGGAGCUUAAACGAGACCUCCAGCUGCUGGGCCCUAGUUGGCUGUGACUGAGAUUCCCAGCCUUUGCUCAGGCUCCAUCCUCUGCCAGAAUACCCUACCCGCCAUCUCUGGCUGGAAUUUGUGCCCCUCGGGGAUGCAGCCAUGGACUUCACAUUGGAGGACUGGGAGCACCUGGGGCUGGACCAGGGGGACCUGUUCUGGGACACAGCGCUGGACAACUACCAGAACCUAUUCCUGCUGAACCCCUCCAAACCCAAACUGACCUCCCAUCCAGAUGGCACCGAGGAGCUGAAGGUCCUGGUGAGAGAAAGCCCAGAAUCAACAGGCCCUGACACAGCUGAGGUCAAGAACUGUCUUCUGGCCCACGACUUCUUGGAAGAAGGACUCUCCCAGGAGAUCGUGGAGACGUUUUCCAAGGAUGGCCUCUGGAACUCCAGUUGGGGGAAAGCCUGUGUAGGUGAGAGUUGGUUAGAUAGUAUCCUAGGGGAUCCAGAAAGUUUUCAGAGGUCUGACUUUGUUACCAACAAGGAAAGUCCCAUAGAAUGCAGGAGUCACGAACUCAAGAGAGACCUUGGUCCUGAGUCUCUCCUUUCCACAGGAGAGGAUUCUGUGAUUCACAGUCUUCCUGAAAAGAGCCUGGCACCAGCUACAUCUCCAGAGCAUGGGAGUGACUUUGGCUGUGACUUAGACCAGAGCCGGCAGGAGACUCUCCAGGAAGGGGAGAAACUGUAUAAAUGUAGUGAAUGUGGGAAGAGCUUCAGCCAGAGUUACCACCUUAUCCAGCACUGGAUUAUUCAUACUAGAGAGAAACCCACUGUACAUCAAGAGUAUGAGGAAUGUUUCAGCCAGAGUUCUUGCCUCUUUGUGCCUCCAAUGACUCACACAGGCUACAAAUCCUGUGUGUGUACCAAGUAUGGGAAAACUUCCAGUCAGAAUACACACCUUCUGUGGCAUCAGAAAAUUCACACUGGAGAAAACCCAUCUAAGAAUCAAGAUGGUGACCAGCCAUCAGGUCUUGGCUUACAGCCUGCUGAGCAUCAGAAAACCCACACGGGGGGUCAGUCCUACAGAUGUAGCGAGUGCGGCAAGAGUUUCAGCCUAACCUUUCAUCUUACUCAGCAUCAGAAGACCCAUACCCAGAAACACUAUGAAUGUUCCAAAUGCAAGGCGACCUUCAACUUCCAUAAAUACCUCCUCCAACACCAGAAAAUCCAUGCUGCAAACACGCCCUCUGAGUGUCAGGAAUGCGGGAAGACCUUCAGGCGGAGUUUGCUGCUUGUCGAACACCAGUCUGUUCACACUGGAGAAAAGCCUUACAAGUGUGAUCAGUGUGGGAAACCCUUCAGGAAUAUCUCAACCCUAAAGAUCCACCAGAGGGUUCACAGUGGAGAGAAGCCUUACAAAUGCAGUGAGUGUGGGAAAGCCUUCUACCGGAACACUCACCUUAAUGAACAUCAGAGGAUUCACACUGGCUACCGGCCCUAUAAAUGUCACAAAUGCAUCAAGAGUUUCAGCCGGCCCUCCCACCUGAUUCGACACCAGUCCAUCCAUGCCACAGAAAAACCCUACAGCUGUGCCAAAUGCAAGGAAACUUUCAGCCACAAUGAACACCUUGUCCAACACCAGAAAAUGCACAAUGUGGAGACCCCGUAUGAGUGUCAGGAGUGUGGUGAGCGCUUCAUCUGCAGCUCCACCCUAACUUGCCACCAGACUGUUCACACCAGAGAAAAACAAGGACUUGGUGAGAGCAGGAGGAUCCUGAAUCAGGACUCAGAGCAGAGAGAGCAACCAGGAAUCGGCGAGAAGCACUUUAAGUGUGAUAAAUGCGAGAAAACCUUUAGCCGUAGCAAAUACCUGACUCAGCACGAGAGGGUUCACACCAGGGUGAAGCCCUUUGAGUGUAACCAGUGUGGAAAAGCCUUUGCCCAAAGUACACAGCUCAUUCGCCACCAGAGCAUCCACUCUGGGGUGCGGCGGUAUGAAUGUGGGGACUGUGGGAAGGCCUUCAUUCACAGCACUUCCCUCACCAAACAUCAGUCUGUCCACAAGAGCAAGCACCCCUUUAAAUGUAAUGAAUGUGGAAAGACCUUCAGUGAAAGUGCACAUCUCUCAGAACACUGGUUAAUCCACACUGCAGAGAAACUCUUUCAGUGUAACAAAUGUGACAAAGGUGUUGCCCACGGUAACUGCCUUACUCAGCAUCCGAGAGCUCAUGCUAGAAAGAAGUCCUUUGAGUGUAAUGAAUGUGGAAAAUCAUUCCAUCAGAGCUCGUGCCUUUCUAAGCAUCAGAGAGAUCACACAGGUGAGAAACCCCACAAAUGCAGUGACUGUGGGAAAACCUUCAGCAUGGGUGCUCAACUCAUUCAACACCAGAGAGUUCACACCAGAGAAAAGCCUUAUGUUUGUCAGGAAUGUGGGAAAGCCUUCAGCCAGAGCUCGUGCCUUUCUGUUCACCAGCGAGUUCAUACCGGAGAAAAGCCUUAUGUUUGUCAGGAAUGCGGGAAAGCCUUCAGCCAGAGCUCGUGCCUUUCUGUUCACCAGAGAAUUCAUACUGGGGAGAAGCCUUACGUGUGUGCUGAAUGUGGGAAGGCCUUUGCUCAGAAAGCAAAUCUGAUGCAGCAUGAGAGAGUUCACACUGGGGAGAAGCCUUAUGCCUGUAGGGUGUGUGGGAAAGCCUUUGGCCUCAGUGCCCAUCUCAGUCAGCACCAGAGAGUUCACACCCAAGAGAAACUAGCAGUGUCAACCUUGUCAGCCCUUUGCUGCAAGUCUCAGCAGACAUCAGCAAGUUCACACUUACAGGUAACAAGGAGUUAAGUAGAAAGUAACAAGUAGCAAUACUUCCUACUGCUGGGUUGCAGCAAAGUCCCAGACAUCUGAACAUGGUUCACCUGAGUCCUAAAGUUGAGAUCACAUUGUAAGCUCCCUCUCCCCAAAUAAAUACAUCUCUUUAUCCAUAAAGAGUGAUUAGAAAAUUUGUACCCGAGUUUCAUGAAAACACAGUAGUUAACAUGGGAAUUCAGAGGUAGACCUGAGCCAGUUGGCUGAGUUAAAUCCCAGCUCUGACACGUGCUACGGAAGUGUUCUGGGGAGAGUCGUGGGACCUCCUAGGGCCUCAGCAUCCUCAUCUGUAAAAUGGGCACAAGACAAUGACCUAUCUCAGAGGGCUGUUGUGAGGAUAAAUAAAUAGAUGUAAAGAAGCACUUUGAACUGAGUGCCCAGCACGUAGUAAGUACUCACCAAAUGUGAGCUACAAAUACUUAUGAUAUACAACAAAUAUAUUAAAAAGAAGGGAAGAAUUAGCAAUCCUCUAUUUACUGCAGUUAAUGUUCUUGCUAAUACUGUGUGGUGGCUUUCAUUUUUUAAAAAGAUUUUAUUUGAGAGAGAGAGCAGGAGCAGGGGUGAGGUGCAGAGGGAGAGAGAGAAUCAGGCUCCCCGUUGAGCAGGGAGCCCAACCCAGAACUCGAUCCCAGGACCCUGAGAUCAUGACCUGAGCCAGGCAGAUGCCCAACCAACUGAGCCACCCAGGUGCCCCUCAUUUUUUUUUUUUUAAGAUUUUACUUUUAAGUAAUAUCUAUACCCAACGUGGAGCUCAAACUGACCACUGAGACCAAGAGUCAUAUGCUCUUCUGACUGAGCCAGUUAGGCACCCUUGCAUCACUUUUAUUUAUUUACUUUUUAGAUAGGUUUUUUUUUUCAAGAUUUUAUUUAUUUUAGAGUGAGUGGGAGGGAGAGGAAGAGAGAAUCUGAAGCAGAUUCCACGCUAAGCACAGAGCCUGAUGCAGGGCUUGAUCCCACAACCGUGAGAUCACAACCCCAGCCAAAACCAAGAGUUGGAUGCUCAAUUGGCUGAGCCACACAGGUGCCCCACAUAGCUUUCAUUUUUAAAGGUUUCUCCAAAAUGCCCCUGACUAAAUUUGGUUCCCCAAACCCAGCACCUUGCUCUUUUCUUUAAAAAAAAAAGUCAUUUCCUUCCCUCUGCUCCGUCGUACUUUCUUAAUUAACCCACAGAAGCCAAGAAGAGCAUGUAAACUAACACCAACUAGUUAGAACUUUCCACUCCUAACCUCCAAAACCUCCCACUCAAAAGGACACCCUCCCACAUAUACAUGUCACCACUUCCCAUAAUUUAAAGUUGGUUAUACAGCAUGAGCAUGAGGCCCAGUUUGCUGUGGGAGUUAAUGGUACUGGAAGCAGUGGGAUUCAUCUGGGAAAGCUGCAUUUUAUAUUUGCUACACAGUUCACAGAUGUCCUUGAUGGUAGAAAUUGUAGUAUACAGAAAUGACAGCUAACAUAUUCCUCAUGCACUGUUUGUCCAAGCCAGCCACUCACCAGGCACUUUGUCAGGCUCCAGGGUAGGGAAUACCAAUGCGGUAAGCCCUGCCCUUGCCUGGAAACUUCUGGAAUCAAAGGGAAGUGGAUGGCCCCAUUUCCACGGAGAAGUACCAUUCAUUGACAAGUGACAUGUUAAAUUCCCUCAUGUCACAGCAAGUUCUGGGACUGUGGCGGAGUGCUGGCGAGCCCAGGGAGGACACCAUCCUGUUGGAGACCUCAAGUCAACUGCUUAACCUUGGCCCGGCCUGUUCUACAGCUGAGACCCCUUGUGGAACCACAAGAUCAGCUCCCUCUUGAUGAUACCUCCUCAGCUCUGGGUUUUUGUGUCUCACCCACUGAAUGACCAGUGACCUGUUUCCUGAAGCACAAACAGAAUCUAAUGAAGACACUGACACUUGUGAUAUCUUUCAUGUUUUUGGUGCUACAAAAGCUUAGGAAUAUGUGCUCUGUGCUCUUGAGCUUUUUAAACCUUGCACCUUGAGUUCUGCUGGUUGGUCUUGUUGUUGUAACUAAGAACUGAUUGGCUGACCACUGGGCCCACACCACAGUGGGGAACAUACUGGUUUUCAAAUGGCCAAAACAUCGAACUCCCUGCACAUGGUCCCCGCCCUCCGAUCGCUGUGUAGUCUGUGCGACGGGCCUGUUCUCUACCAAAGGGGCAGAACAGACGCAGGAGCUCGAACGGAUGAGUGUGUUCAACGAGAGUUUUGACACCAAAGAGAGAGUCAGAGGCCCUAUGGAAAAUUGGCAGCCAUGGUGGGGGGCAGUCUCUGUAACUACUGACCUGUGUUGCUGUGGGGCAGUGCGGAAAUGCCCUUCAUGUGUGCGUUUUGGUUCUCUUAGGUUCUCUGAUUAAAGUUUUGAGUCUAUAA